AUGGUCAAGUGUGAUCCACGUCAUGGAAAGUACAUGGCCUGCUGUCUUCUUUAUCGUGGUGAUGUUGUACCUAAAGAUGUGAAUGCAGCCAUUGCUACAAUCAAGACGAAGCGUACAAUUCAGUUUGUUGAUUGGUGUCCCACCGGAUUCAAGGUUGGCAUCAACUAUCAGCCUCCUACAGUUGUUCCUGGGGGUGAUCUUGCUAAAGUCCAGCGUGCAGUUUGUAUGUUGUCUAAUACUACUGCCAUUGCUGAGGCUUGGGCUCGUCUUGAUCACAAGUUUGAUCUGAUGUAUGCCAAGCGUGCCUUUGUCCACUGGUAUGUAGGUGAAGGAAUGGAAGAGGGAGAGUUCGGAGAGGCUCGUGAGGAUCUAGCAGCUCUUGAGAAGGACUAUGAAGAGGUUGGCGUGGAUUCAGUUGAGGCUGAGGGAGAAGAAGAAGGUGAUGAGUAUUAAGAGCAUUAGAGAUUGCAUUAAAGGAACAAUCACAGUACAAUCAUUAUCCUUAUUGUUACUUUGUGUUGUUUGAUGUAUGUAAAAAAAUAGUUUAGAAACUA